CCUCAUUCCUCAUUCCUCAUUGAGCGAGCAAAAGCAGGAGGAGAGGAGAUUUGUUGUCUGUCAGAGACUGUUCAGAGAAAGUGGAUAUUUUACCUUCUGUCUGCAGUCCGUAACUAUCACUGAGAGGUGAGAUAGUGCAGAAAGGAGUUCAGCUGGACCGGGAAACCAUGUCUUGUUCCAUCUGUCUGGAUCUAAUGAAGGAUCCGGUAACUAUUCCCUGUGGACACAACUACUGCAUGGACUGUAUCAAACACCACUGGGAUGGAGAGGAUAAGAAGAAAGUCCACAGCUGCCCUCAGUGUAGAAGGAGUUUCACACCGAGGCCUGUCCUGCUGAAGAAGACGUUGUUAGCAGAUUUAGUGGAGAAGCUGAAGAAGACUGGACUUGAAGAAGAUCCUGCUGAUCACGGCUAUGCUGGAGCUGAAGAUGUGGCCUGUGAUGUCUGCACUGGGAGAAAACUGAGAGCCUGUAAGUCCUGUCUGCAGUGUCUGGCCUCUUAUUGUGACAAACACCUCCAGCCUCACUUUGACGCAGCUACGUUUAAAAAACACAAGCUGGUGGAGCCCUCCAAGAAGCUCCAGGAGAACAUCUGCUCUCAUCAUGACGAGGUGAUGAAGAUGUUCUGCCGCACUGAUCAGCAGUUUAUCUGUUAUCUCUGCUCUGUGGACGAACACAAAGGCCACGACACAGUGUCAGCUGCAGCAGAGAGGACUGAGAGGCAGAGAGAGCUGGAGGGGAGUCGACUAAACAUCCAGCAGAGAAUCCAGGACGGAGAGAAGGAGGUGAAGCUGCUUCAGCAGGAUGUGAAGGCCGUCAAUGGCUCUGCUGAUAAAGCAGUGGAGGACAGUGAGAAGACGUUCACUGAGCUGAUCCGUCUCAUGGAGAAGAGAAGCUCUGAUGUGAAGCAGCAGGUCAGAUCCCAGCAGAAGAGAGAAGUGAGUCGAGCCAAAGAGCUUCAGAAGAAGCUGAAGCAGAAGAUCUCUGAGCUGAAGAGGAGAGACGCUGAGCUGAAGCUGCUGUCUCACACAGAGGAUCACAACCAGUUUCUGCACAGCUACCCCUCACUGCCAGCCCUCAGUGAAGCUACACACUCCUCCAGCAUCAACAUCCGUCCUCUGAGCUACUUUGAGGACUUGACGGCGGCCCUGUCAGCAGUCAGAGACAAACUACAGGACGUCCUGAGAGAGGAAUGGACAAACGUCUCAUCGACUGGAGUGGAUGUUUUACUGCCAGCAGCAGAACCCACCACCAGAGCUGGGUUCUUAAAAUAUUCACAGGAGGUCACUCUGGAUCCAAACACAGCAAACACACUGCUGGUAUUAUCUGAGGGGAGCAGAAAAGCAACACUCAUGGAACAACAACAGUCUUAUUUUAGUCACCCAGACAGAUUCACUGAUUGGCCUCAGGUCCUGAGUAGAGAGAGUCUGACUGGACGUUGUUACUGGGAGGUGGAGUGUACAGGGAGAGCAGUUGGUGUAGCAGUCUCAUACAAGAAUAUCCGGAGAGCAGGGGAUGGGUAUGAAUGUUUAUUUGGAUACAAUGACAAAUCCUGGGCGUUAGAGUGUAAACAAAACAGUUAUUCAUUUAGUUACAACCGUAUCAACACUCCCGUCUCAGGUCCUCGGUCCUCCAGAGUAGGAGUGUACUUGGAUCACAGAGCAGGUAUUCUGUCCUUCUACAACAUCUCUGAAACCAUGACUCUCCUCCACAGAGUCCAGACCACAUUCACUCAGCCGCUACAUGCUGGAGUUUUGGUUUAUGGUGGAACCACAGCUGAGUUGUGUAAACUGAAAUAGCCUGAAGUCAUUUGAGGAACUCUUCUACUUCUUAAACUCAUUGUGUCCAUCAUUGUUGCUGAGAGCUGAUUGUUCAUGUCUUCACUGCACGAGACCAGCUGUCAAUCAAACAUUAUGGGAUGUGCUUUAGCAUCUUCUCAUCAGUUGUUCUGUAGAUGUUGGAAUUUCUUUAGGCGGCGCUCCUUCCUGUGUCUGUUUAGCCAUGGAGGCUGUCACUGCUCAGGAGCAUUUCUGUUAACCUCAACUGAUAUUUCUCUGCAUUGAAAUGUAAACUUUGCUCCAAAUAUUUGUUGAAUAUUGAUUAAUUUGUAUUUUGUUGUUUCUCUUGUAAAGCAUGAGAGAGAGAAAGCACCAGAGCUUCUUUCAUUGUAGAUAUUUUAUUCUAAAUGUAUUCAAUUUGUUACUAAGUCUCAAUGUGUUGAAUGCAUAAAGGACAUUUUGAAGAAGGAAAUAACACACAUUAAAAGAAAAGCCAACAGGAUGAGUUUGCAAUAAAUUGUGUUUCUAUUUUCAAGAUGUGAGAUGAGUGCCACAUUUAUGUGUCUGUACAAAAUAAAAUGUUGGGGUUUUUCUUGAUAAUAAAAUAGCUCUGAUGAAAA